AUGAUGAAUCCAAGACAGCUGUUACUACUAGCUCUUGGAGCUGGUAUUGCUGAUGCUCUCAAAGACACUUCGCCUUUUAUUCUUCUUUCCACUUCAGACUUGCUUUCCUCUUCGUCAAAUAUCGCAUCCGCAACUUCUCUACUUAGCGAUGUCUGGAGUAGCUUAAAGACCUGUCCGUCAGACUAUUAUAUCAUUGCGACCCAGCCCGGCGUUCAUGCUGCCGACUAUUCGAAUUCAAAGGGAACACCACGACUUCGAGAAAAGGUGUUGGGAAAUGACAAGGCGAUUCGCUCCAAUAUAACAGUCACAGAGGUACUGGGUAGUUUGGAUCCAACUUCGAUUCGAAGUGGCUUGGAAGAAGAAUGCGGUGCGCAAGUAACCAGGAUAGAUGGAGGAGCAAGUGGCACAUCUCUUGAGUUUGAAGGUGGACCUAGGGUUAUAGACAUUUCGUUCCCUGCUCUGUCUUUGCACGGAUCGCGCUUGCAAGAAUUGUCUCGGAACGAUGCCUUACUCGCGGAUGUUCUCGACCAUAUCCCAUCCUCUAAAUAUACGCUCAUCUACGUCACCUCACCUCGGGAGUACGAAGAUGAAGACUCAGGAUCGAUCACAUACAGCGCUAAUGAUGAUCUCCAAGCCCAAGAGCUGCUUCACCAAGAUUUGAAACGCGACUUCGCAGAGUCCGCUCGAAAGGAUGACACAUCUGACGACAGAUCACUCUUUCAGAAAUACCAAUUCCUGAGCCCAGGCAUAUUUAUGGGCUUCGUCGUCGCAUUCGUCCUUGUUACGAUCUUGUACGUCGGCAUCUCUGCGCUGCUUGGCCUUGAAGUUCCUUAUGCUGCUUUUGAAAAGGACACCUCGCCCAAUUCGCAGAAAAAGCAGCAAUAA